AUGCCAGACAAGUCCGUGACCAAAACCGCCACCUGCCUCUGCGGCUCAGUAUCCUUCACAACCACCGGCAUCGACAAAGGAACCGUCAUCUGCCAUUGCUCAAACUGCCAGAGAUACUCAGGAAGCCCCUUCAUGCACAAUACUCGACUCGUGAACUCGGAGACUACGUUCCAGAAAGGCCAAGACGUGAUCAAGAAGUACGAGGACCGUGAUACGAAGAAUGGGAAUUUGCUUGAGAGAUGGUUUUGCUCGAAUUGUGGCUCGCCGAUGAUGUUCAAGAGCCCGACGGGGUCGGCGGGUUUCAUUGGAUUGCAGUCUGGAACGCUGCAGGAGCGUGAGAAGCCCUUUCGCGAAUUGUAUGGCGAGAACAAACAUGCCUGGUUGGGUGACUUGGUCGGCAAGGCUAAGCUGUAG